AACGUCCCGGCCAGCACCAGCAUACUUCUGCUUCAUCCAGUUCUCUACCAUAAAAAAACUUCACUAAUGGAGACAACACCAAGAGCCUCCAUCAACAUCAUGACUGCACUAUUGCUUCUCUCUCUCCACUGCUUCAUUGGACCAGCAGCCAUGGCUGAACAACCCAGCAGCUCCACAGACCAGGCCUCCCUUCUUGCCCUGAAACAGCACAUAACCGAUGACCCAGAAGAUCUCUUGUCCACAAACUGGACAGAGACAACAUCGGUCUGCAACUGGGUGGGGAUCACCUGUGGCACCACCCACACUAGCAGGGUCACGAGCCUCAACCUUGCCUUCAUGGGCCUCUCAGGCACGCUCCCUCCUCACCUGGGCAACCUCUCUUUCCUCGCCUACUUCGACAUCUCCAACAACACGUUCCACGGAUCUCUCCCGGUGGAGCUCUCGCGCCUCCGCCGGCUUCAGUACUUCAGCGUCAGCGGCAACUCCUUCGAAGGGGAGAUCCCGCCAUGGCUCGCCUCGUUGCCCCGGCUCGAGUACCUGUUCUUGAACAGCAACGGCUUCUCCGGUGCGAUACCGGAGUCUAUUUGCAACGUGUCCACGCUGCAGAAGCUCGAUCUCAGCGAAAACCAGCUGGCGCGCUCGAUCCCGUCGCUGAUUUUCAAUAUGCCGAUGCUGAAGGCGAUCAACCUCAGCAGCAAUCAGCUCUCGGGUGCGAUGCCGUCCUCCUUUUGCAGUGAAUCUCCACUUUUGGAAAUCGAUCUCAAAUACAACAACUUAUCUGGCGACCUUCCCCGGAACAUUUGCGGGAAUCUUCCGAACUUACAAGGACUGCUCUUGACCGGCAACCAGUUCAGUGGGGAGAUACCAUCCAGUUUAUCUGAAUGCAGGCAACUUCAGUUUCUGUCCCUUUCAGUGAAUAAUUUUUCAGGAGCCAUACCUAGAGAGCUCGGAAACUUGACUACGCUUAACCGGUUAUAUCUCGGCUACAACAAUUUGAUUGGUGAAGACUUGGUUGCUUACAUUUGUGACUUUGGCAUCGCCAAACUUCUAGGUGAAGAGAAUUCGAUGACUCGAACCAAGACGCUCGCCACCAUUGGGUACAUGGCACCAGAGUACGGUUCGGGCGGAUAUGUUUCCACAAGAGGCGAUGUGUACAGCUAUGGAAUCCUGCUGAUGGAAAUUUUCACAGGAAAGAGGCCGACAGAUGAGAUGUUUUCCGGGGAAGAAAGCUUGAAGCGCUGGGUCAAGAGCUCCCUUCCUGAUGCAGUUGGAGAUGUCCUAGAUGCGAAGCUAUUGAGCAGAGAAGAGCCAACUGCUGCGAAGCUGGAAUGCGUGUCGACAAUCCUGGAGCUGGCCACGCAUUGUUGCACGGAGUUGCCUGAGAAAAGAAUGGGCAUGAAUGAUGUGCUUGCAAAACUCAAGAAGAUUAGAACAGUCCUGGGGCAGAGGUGAUGAUCCUGGGGCAGAUGUGAUGACCAAUCGCUCCUCCUGCUCUAUGGUGUCAAAAUAAAAGUUCUGUUUAUUUCUUGGUUGACGAAAUUGCUGCUUCUAUGUGAUCAAUGAGAAUCAUGCAAGCAAAAGCAUUGCUUUCG